ACAAUGACGUCAUCAACAGAAGAUGACGUUUCAUAACAUUCACAUUUUCUGUACAACACGAAGAUAUUGAGCUUUUUAAAGUUUCGAUAAUUUGUUGUGGAAAUGGCGACUCGAAUUGGUAAAAAAACUAGGAAAUGCAAACAAUGCAAAGGCGAUAUUUGCAUUCACGAAAAUGCAAAACAGAAAGAAUGCCUUCCAUUCGGACCCAGCAUAGCAGAGCAAUGCAUGGAGAUUUUGGACAAACUUCUAAAGGACAAAGAGGGAACCCCCGAAGAUAUUCUAAAACUUGCAACACACGAUCAGUUGUUCCAGAUUGGGAUGGAUCCUCUUUGUCUAGUGGCUGCAAUGGGAAAUGUGGAUGUGAUGCGCAGAUUUCUGGACGCAGGUUCAAAUGUCAAUGUCAGGUCAACAGCGGACGCCAGUACCCCUCUGAUGCUGGCCACGCAGAACCGACAUACUGAGAUGGCCGAGCUCCUUCUGAAACACGGCGCUGACGUCACGGCGGUCAACAUGGAAAAGAACAAUUCAUUCUGCAUAGCGGUAAGGACGGGAGACGCCAAGCUGGUGAACGCUAUUUGGCCAUACCGUGGGAAAUUAGACAUCAAUCAUGCUAACUCCGAGGGUCAAACUGUUCUCCAUUUUGCCGCUGAGAAGCUAUGGGAAGCAUGUGUUGGGUUCUUGCUCACUAACGGAGCUCAGAUCAACAGACAGAACGGCGAGGGCUUCACACCACUGAUGAUCGCCGCCAGUAAGGGUGAUGCCAAGACUGUUGAAAAAUUCUUGUCAUCGGGGGCCGACUUUCUCAUAGAGGACGUGACCGGAAUGACAGCAGUUUGCUGGGCGUUUGACUCUCAGAAGUUUGAUUCAUUUAAUUUGAUCCUCGGCAAGAUGUCACCCAAAGAUAAAGAACAUUUCAUCAAGAGCCGAACGGAAAGGAUGAAGAAUCCCUCUUGUGAACACGACAGUGAAAGUGAUAUCGCAUUUUACGAAGAUAUACUGAUUCCAAUGUUCAAGCGUCUUGCGACCAUAAAAGACUUUCGCGACGCUAUUCUGAAGCAGAAGUUCAUUCCAAGUGCAGUGUCUGUGUUUACUAAGCUAAUGAAACAGCCAGCCUGUAUAACCGGAAUCUGUUUCGUCGUCUCUCUUUGCAUGACUCAACACGCUGUCGUGGUCGACGAGGCCGUUGUCAUACAAUUCAUCCGCUGUCGUGGACCAGAGUUUCUGAUCAAAGCACUAAAAUGCUUCUCCGAUACUCCUAGAACGGAACCCGAAACCUGUGUCGUGUGCUUCUUCCCACUAGCCUGCAUGGGCCAAACGUCAGAGGGCAAGGAAUGGCUGGAAAAGAACAGCACAAAAGUCAUACAACACGUGGAUGUCAAACCGCACUACAACACUGCCAAGACUGCUAUGGAGAGCUUCGGUGACAAAGGUGUCGCAAUUUGGACCAAUUUCUGGGAUUAUUAUGAAAAGAUGACUCAGUACCAGAUGGAUAGAAAAAUGGCAGAACUCCUUGAGGAAGAAGAACGUGAAAGGGUGCUGAAAACAAAGAAAAGAGAAAAGAAGAUUCAAAAACGCCAGACCAAACGGCAGCAACGAAAGGAUGUGCAAGCUACUGUUGCAAAGACCGAAGAAAUGAAAGGAGUGACAAUGGCAAGCGACCAGUCACAUGGAAAAAACAUUGGAGAAAUUACAAAUAUUGUCAACAAUGUAGAGCCUAUAUCUAGAAGGCCACAAACUACAUAUAACGACAUACCAAACAAACACGACAAUCGCUCGAUAAACGACGUCAUCAUUAAUUCCAGGAAACCCCAUGUUCCAUCUAAGCAAGCAAACGAUGAUGUCAUCACAAUCUCCAAGAAACCCAUUGUUCCAAUCAAACAGGUUCAGGAUGAUGUUAUCGUCAUUUCCAAGAGACCACCAGUUGAAUUCAAGAACAAGCAGGAAACAAAUAGGAAGGGAAUAAGUGACAUCUCUUUUGGCAAUGUACCAAAUAGUGAACAUGGAGAUGACAUUUCCUUCAUGUUGCAAAUGGAAAUGGCGGCAUUACAAGGUGUUAUAGAUCCAUGUUUGUAUGAUUUCUACAACGUGCGUAGGGAAAACCAAUGGGUAACCGUUCAGGGAAAGAAGGAACGAGCAAAGGCAAACAAAGCUGUGGAAGAAGUUAUGGAAGCUGUGCCUGGUCUCUGUCAAAAAUUGGAGUCGGCACUAGAGGACCAAAUUGAUGAAGUAAAAAAAGAUGACAUAAGACAGCGCCCAAACCAACGACAACGGCGUGCGAAUAAAGGCAACAAUGGUCCCAGAUGGGCUGACAUGGUGAAAGGCAAUGAAAUACCAGAAAAGGAGCCUGAGCCAGUAAGGCAUAUUCAAGGAACAUAUGCCGACAGAGUUGUAGGAAAGGCAUACGAAGAUAACUUUCCUGCUCUGGGUGGAAUGCCACACGUAAGGGGUGAACAAAAAAAAUGUGAACAACAACUGCCACCGGGACAAAUGGAACAGCAAAGCUUGUGCAAUGUUGCUACUGCGGUCGAAAGUACUACAACAGAUAGUGAAGACUUACGUUCAGAAUUUACGUCCACGGACAGUGUUGCAGAUGGUGACUGUGGCAGGAUGACGCCAUCUUCGGGAUACAACGACAACAAGGCUGUCACUGACUGUAGUUCACCAAUUCAUUGUGGCGAUAUCUAUGUGUCGCCAACAAAUGAUGCUCGCCUGGAAUAUGAAUUGGAGGUUUGUCCACAACAGAAAGACGCGUCACUCAUUGCGAAUACAAGAAGUGAGCGUACAACGAACCUGUUUGACAUUGCUGAAAGUGUCCUGUUUGAAAAGAAAUGCACAAAUAUUGAAGAACCAAAAGCAAAUAACACACAGAAGACAGACUUCCUUGGUUUACCCAUCAGGAGCGGAGAACAUAAUUUCGAAUUUCUAUCAUCCGCUAAAACAUUAACACCAAAUGAAUGGAAUUUAGAGGAAGUCGUGCAAAGGCCCAAAAAUGCAGAUACCGCUGAACAGAAUGAAGGUAAUCUUGAGAAAGGUAAAGGAGAUGCAAGAGAGGAGUAUUUCCCGGAGUUGGAGAAAAGGGGAUUUUCCGAUGCCGUACAAGACUGGUUAAAGAACUCGUGUAUAUUACUUGAUUCGAAGACCAAAACGAACAAGGAACCGUUGGAGGACCAGCUAAGGACUCCAGCCAUGCUGUUGCAACAUAUACAAGGGCUCCAACAAACGCAGCUUACAAAGUUGCCAUGUGGUAAGCGGAAAUAUAACGCAGGUGAACUAAAGCACAAUCCCUUUCAGAAAGAUGCCUCUGUCAAUCAACUUCCAUUUAUACAACACCAGCAGGAAUUCAAGCACAACAUAGCGGUUAUACAACCGAUAGGUCACGGUUCAAACAGGCGAAAGGCGACAGAGCGGAACGUUUCCCGCCGGCACGUCGAAGGAUUAGACAAUGGUGAUCACAGUCACCUGUCAUUCGGAGAUUCCUUACUGAGAAAUGUGUCGACAUUGCCUAAAGAAAAAGACGAAAUAUGGUUUCCGUCUGACUUAGCCGGUGAUGGGUGCCCAGAAAAAAAAGAUAAUUACAGCAUCAACGCAAGUGACAUGGGUAACGAUCUACCGGUCUUUCCUGGCUUUCAUGAUGAUACUAACCCUUCAGCUUCUGGUGUACCUUCACAGCAGAACAUGGAUGUGCUGCUCCAACUACAACUCCUCAACUACUACCAGGUUCAUUGCAAAGGACAGGGAAUCAAAGGUUCUGUUUACGGUAACGAUUUAGCCUACUUUUCCUCAGCCAUGGGUAUUUCCGAGGAAAAGAUCAAAUCACUCGAAAAAGUGUUUUCGUCUAGCGAUGUCGACACACGUGUAGCGCAACAGAAUCAACAUGAUGCGGUGACCACUAAAAAAGUGGAUCGCCAGGUACCGUUGGGGAGGAAUGCAACCAUUCACCAUGACCCUGACAUAGAUAUGUCACUAGGCAAAGGUCUGCGGCCAACAAACAUACCUGAACCAGCCAAGGAAAUAAAAGCUACACGGCAAGUGGAAGAACAUGCAGAUAGCAGACAUAUCGUUGAAAAGAGGAUACCAGACUCCUCAAAAUCUUUUGUCCGAAAUAUACCUGGCACAGAGAUUAACGAUGGCACGAAUAUGGGUUAUAAGGAGAAAGGUACAUUCCAAGAAGAAAUGAGGAAAGGUUUUGUCAAAACAAAUGCUAUCAAAUGGACGCAAAGGAGUAAACGAUGGAAAGACAAACUGUCUGAGAUAUCGAAGAUGCCCCCCUCUUUCCUUAGACAGAUUGGCGACAUCAUCAUUCCGAGGGAUUAUAAGGAGCGGUAUACCAUCCCUUACUCGGACAGCCCGGCGGUACUGGGGCUUCUGAUGGACGGAACGGAGGUGGCGGUUCACGUCAUUGAGCUGUCUAGUCGACCAGUCACAGAGUCCAUGUUACAGAAACUGACAUCACCGGACUUCUGUCAUUAUUUCCUUGUGAAGUACCGGGCCUUCAUUAUCGAGUCAGGCACGUGCUACCUGGCCAUGGACCUGCACGAGUACAACUUGUCCGAGUAUUUGGCCCUGCAACAGAUGGACAUCAACCUUGACCCAUUAACCAUCAACAAGAUGACCUGGCAGAUACUCAAGGGCAUGGCGUCUCUACACGACAGCUUUGACAUGAUACAUGGAAACAUAAUGCCAAGUAACGUUCUUGUGGAUGUCGAGGAGAAGCUGUGUUUGAGCGAGUACUCCCUUCCCACACUAGGUGGCACUGCUCGCGCCUUAUUCCCAACCUCUCCAAUGUCAGCUGACCGAUACUGCUGGAUACCAACAGAAAUCGUGACUGAAUCCGGAAACUACAGCAAACAGUCUGACAUACAGGUGACUGGUAUGUUGUCGUACUACAUCAUGACCGGAGGGAACCACCCGUAUGGAGAAAACAACCUCGCGAUUCAGGUCGGCAUCCACCAAAACUGGCCGGACAUCAAAUACCUCGGCGACGAGAUCCACGAUUUGCUGUCUAACAUGCUUUGUAUGCCACCGCAAAACCGAUCUUGCGUAGGGGAUCUGCUCAAACAUCCUUAUUUCUGGGCGAACGAGAAGCGCCUUCGGUUUGUUCUUAUCGCUGGCUCGGACGUUCUCCGGGACAUGAAACUGGGAGUUCCAACCUUCGGUGGUACGGGCGGCACCAUGAUCGACAUCAUCAAUGCAGUCGGCUGUGACGCAAACGAUUGGAUGUCACAGGUUGACCCAGUAAUCAUGAAGGAGAUGCGGUCGUUCCGUCAGUACAAGAACACUCUAGUGGAGCUGGUCCUUUUCGUUUACAACUGCUGUCUCCACUUCGAAAAAAUAAAGCCAGACAACGUUAAUAUUUCCUACACAGUAUGGUACUGGGCAGCAACGGCAAGUAUGACAAGUAAUACUGUUGUAAUGCUGGUUGAUGAUGAAAUUAAAAGUUAAGAACCACCAAAAGAACACACAUUCGAUGCGUUUAAGUUUAACCAGCUGAAACAGCAUCUCUCCAAAUAUAACCAGAUCUUGACACAUCUAAAGGAAUUACCUAAUUUCACACGCAUGGAUGAUACAGGGGAUAGUUUAUCUUUCUCGUUUUGUACUUGAAUAAGCUUUAUGUAGAUGCUCCAAAAAAGCCACUAUGCAGUAUUUUAUGCCAUGCCCAUACAUUGCCA